AUACCGACGCCUAUUUCUCCUUAUAUAGAUAAUAACGCCAUUUUCUAGGCGUUUUCCGCAGUAAUGCGCCGUCCCCUUCCUAUUCCUUACGCAACAUAUCCCCGCCUAUCCUCUCUGCCUGUUAUCUUUACAGCUCCCCCCACUUUGAGGUAGCAGCCAUUUUGAUUUGGUCUCCUUUGGGCUCUGGUGGUCUGUAAACCAAUUGGUGCACGCUGAAACGGUGAAGCCACGGCGGCGAGCUGUGUCGUCGGGUCCCGUCUUCCUGCUGCGCGUCCUCGCUGCUUUGUGUAUCGCUGCCAGCUGGUAUUUUAAACGGGAACUUUCUGGCAAAUGAAGUCAGAGCGCACUCCCUGAAAAGCCGCGACAGAUAGCUGCCGCAGGAAGCAUUAGCCUCCCGUAGCUAGCCAGAAGCAGAUGGGUUACUGGAAGGCAAAAUAGGAUUCUCCUCCAGUUGAGGCGUUUUAUGCAGAUCAGCUUUUAACUUAUGCCAUGAAUUGUGACGAGAAGGUUGUGGACAAGGCCAUUAAUUCCUGGUCAAGACUGGCCUUAGCAGGACAAAUAACCCUUCUGGAGGCUUUGAAGGUGUUCAACCCCAUGUCAAAAGAUCUUUCAGAGACUGAGACACAGCUUAAGUCAUUCCUUCAAGGAAUCUGGGAUGAGGGCCAUAGACCCACAGUGCUAAAAAGCAAAGAUGUCUAUGGGUACCAGUCAUGUGUAGCUGCACCCCUUCUGGUAGAGAGUGAGUCUGAAAUGCCAGGCUUCGACAACAAAGUUCCUAAAGUUCAGAAGCCUGCUAAGAAAAGAGGCCGGAAAUCUGUGCUGAAGAAGAGGGGAGUUGGUUACAAAUUGUUGAGCCCAGCUACUGAAAUUGUUUUAAAGAAGCAGCCAAAGAUCUUGUUAACAAACCUCUCGCAAAAGUCCCUCAAGCAAAUGAUCCAUUCCACAUCACUGCAUUCGACUGCUAGUCCUGUGCAGCAGUGCUUGAAAUUGACGAAUAUGAGCGGCCCCUCAGGUGGCCACACUGCAAGGCUGCAGAUUCAUUCAGAUUUGGCUCCAUGGGGCAUCGCUGCCCCCAGUUCUCACCCACCGGAGGCACGAUCCGGGAUCCCAGUUCAGCCCCUGGAGAGUGCUGGCAAGACACCUGAAGUAGUUGCCUUGGAAAAUCUGGAGAAGGCGGACACAUUCCUUGUUGGAAAAUCUACAGCGGUGUGCGAGAACAGCAGAGUUCUGAAGAAGAAUGACAGCUGUUACAAAAUGGUCCCGCUAAGGGUAGGUAGGUCAGAUAAGCUGGAUUGGAGGGACAGGGACCAUGUGACCGUUCUUGGUAAUUCAGUGGGCCAGGAUAUGUCCAGGUCCAUCUGGAUUAGGGAAGACCCACGGGACUUGCGACCAAAGGAAAGCAGUUUGCGGUCUAAGGUGAUUAAAGUGGAUGAUUUGACCACUGACGAAGAAGUAAGACUGAAAGCCCAGGAGAUUUUACAAGUUAAUUUGUCUCCCGUGAUACAAAUUAGACCUCUUGUGGUUUAAUAGUUUUAAAGGAACUACUCACCUGCUUUUGCUAUUUGGGUUGGUUUUGUAAUGUAUAUUUUUAUAUGUAUAAGACAAAGUUGCUGAGCCUGACUAGUCUUCAAGGUUUAUUGUAUAUAAAUACCUUGCAUCAGUUGGAUAUAACCCAAGAGUCGAAUUUUAAAAUAACCUUUAUAUGUCUCUGUGAAGUAUGAUCAUAUUUGGAUUUGGCACUGGAUGAUUCCUGCCCCCUCCGCACCCCUAGUUCGGCACCUGUACAAAUUGACUGUACACAGUUGCACAAAUACACACACAGAUGCACGUGUGUAUGUACAGUUUGUAACCCCUGUUGACGUUGAUGAUUAGUCUGACAGAGCCAUGUCAGUACUAUGCAUUGUCUAUGGAAAUGUAUACACAGUGUGCCGGGGCUAAUCCUUAGACAUACCCAUUUAGAUACUCAAAGAAAUUAAGCAUGGGUAUGCGGCCUUAAAUAUAUUGUUUUGGUUUUUGGUAUGUCUUGAAUGUGGGUGCUUUGUUACAGGGCAGAAUUAAGCAAACCAUUUUGUUCUCUGAACAAAUUUACAAUUGGAUUGAUGUGUUGCAUCAACUUUUGCUGAAGCUGUUUUAAUGGUUUUCUGCUUUUGCUGAUUUAACUUUCUCCCCCCUCAAUCAGUGAUUUGUUCUGGAGUUUAGAGGCAAAUACCAUGUUUGCAUUCUUAAUUGUGCUUUAAAGACUCCAGUGGCCUGUACUACGAAGCGGGGUUACUGGCUUAACGGGGUAACUUGUCAGAUUUAAGGUAGUCUGGGCAAAAUGUAAAUGAAUGAAUAUGAGGUCCAUUUAAACGGUGCUACCUUAAAUCCGACAAGUUACCUCGAUAAGCCAGUAACCCCGCUUCGUAGUACAGGCCACAGGACAAGGAACUUCUAAGUAGUCAGAGCCUAUAGUAUUACUUUUUUUGUUUUUUUAAUAGGACAAAAAAGUAAUUUAAUGACCCCUGAAAUAAAACCAUUGUGCUUUAAGAUUUACUGUAUUUUUUUUUUUUUUUCCAAAAUGUAGUGUUACAUUUUAUACAUCUUUUUUUAUUAUUGUUCAUUUAUGUUUGUGUUAAAGAAUAAUAUCAAAUGAUUGUUGUUGCUUGGCUGGGGAGGAGAUUACAGGUAACACUUAAAUUGCUUUGGAAUUUAAAUUAAGCGUAUAGAUCUCUGAAGGAAUAACUGAAAUUUUCACUGGCAAAGCAACAAAAUAUGGUAACAAUUGGCAGAAAUAAACUGCUUCUUUCAGGUCACUUAUAGUAGGAAGUGUUUUAUAGGAGUUCUGGAUGGACUCAUUUCCUGUUUAAUAUAUUUUUUUUAAAUAAAAUGGUCAUAAGGCAUGGUUCUGUGAACAAUUUUUUAAACUAUUCUUUCAGUGUUGUAUAUUUGGUAUUAUUGUUCAGACAUUGAAAUAAAGUUUUGUUUAGAAUGGAAAA